CAACAACACUGCAACUGAUUCAGCCACCUCGACAGCUAGCUAGCCAUCCAGCCAACCUAAAACCGAAACAUUGGAGCUCUUUGACCAUUUUUGUGUAUAUUAACCAACGUGUUUUAAACACGUAUUUACUAUACUCCAUUUAAUUUAAUAUUUACGUUGUCAGUAAGAUGGCUUGUUAAAUUAGCCUAGCACUGGGCUAGUCGCUAAUGCUAACUAGCUGGUUAGCUAACAUCUUCGACCAUGACCUUGCCCCUUGCUAAAGAAGAGCAGGUCUUCUGGACAGAGAAAGAAGCUCUCGUGAAAGAGGAGGAGGGAGAGGAGGCUGUCACCAUCAAAAAAGAAGUAGAGGGUGAAGCUGUUACAGUGAAAGAAGAAGAAGUUACAUUGAAUGAAGAGGAAGAUGCUUUCAGAGUGAAAGAGAAGGAGGAUGUUACUGUGAAAGAAGAGGAUGCCGUUUUCGGAGUGAAAGAGGAGGAGGAGGCGAUGACUGUCACAGUGAAAGAAGAGGGGGACGUUUUUGGAGUGAAGGAAGAGGCGGAGAUUACUGUCACAUUGGAGGAGGAAGAAGAGGGUACUGGAGAUCUGUUUAACACCAGAGAGAGACCAAACUCUUACUCUGAAAGCGGGACGAGUCCCUCAGAGGAACCAGACCCAGCAACGUCCAAACCAGCAAGACCACAUCACUGCUCUCAGUGCGGAAAGAGAUUUAUCCAGUUAGGGCACCUGAAAAAACAUAAGAGAACGCACACAGGAGAGAAGCCUUACCACUGCUCCCAAUGUGAAAAGCGAUUUUCCUCAUCAGGUUCCCUGAAAUCACAUGAGAGAAUACACUCAGGAGAAAAGCCUUUCCAAUGCUCCCAGUGUGGAAAGAGAUUUAUCCGGUCAUCACAUCUGAAAUUGCAUAAGAGAGUACACACAGGAGAAAAACCAUUCCAAUGCUCCCAGUGUGGAAAAAGUUUUCCCUCAUCAGAUUCCCUGAAAAGACAUCUAGGUUUACACUCUGGAGAAAAGCCUUACCACUGCUCAGACUGUGGGAAGCGAUUUAGCCGGUUAAACGGCCUGAAACGACAUGAGCGAAUACACACUGGAGAGAAGCCUUACCAAUGCUCCAAGUGUCAAAAUAGUUUUGCCCAGUCAGCAUACCUGAAAUACCAUGAAAGAACACACACAGGAGAGAAGCCUUACCAUUGCUCCCAGUGCAGAAAGAAUUUCACCAUGUCAUGUAACUUGAAAACACAUGAGAGAAUACACUCUGGAGAGAAGCCCUAUCAAUGCUACCAGUGUGGAAAGAGUUUUAACCAGCAAGGGAGCCUCAAAAUACAUGAGAGAACACACACAGGACAGAAGCCUUACUACUGCGCCCAGUGUGGAAAGAGUUUUAAGAAGUUAGGGAAACUGAAGCAGCAUGAGAAAAUACACACAAGCGAGAAGCCUUUUGGAAUUUCUCCCACUGUGGAAUGAAAUGAACAUAAGCUAACAAACUCUGUAAUGUUGCCUUUCCACUUAUCCUACUGUGGAAAGAUAUUUACCCAGUUAGGGCACCUGAAAGACCAUGAGGUAACACACACAGGGGAGAAGCAAACAGGGGAGAAGCCUUACCACUGCUCCCAGUGCGGAACGAGAAACUUAGAAUUCAUGAGUGAACACACACAAAUUGCUCCCAUUGUCUCAUAUUUGUUACAGAAAAUGUGUGCUUUUUGUUUAUGCCAAAUGAAAUCUAAUUGGAUAAAGCCUACUAAAAAAUGUAUUGGUAUGUUUUAAAACAAAUCUCAAGACAUGAAUUCAAAUCUAAGUUAAUUUGUCACGUGCAAUUUGUCACGUGCACCGGAUACAACAGGUGUACACAGUACAGAGAAAUGCUUAGAAUGGAAUAUGUCAGUUGGAAUAUAGAGCACAUCAGAUUCCAUUU